CGCUAUUUGUAUUUUCAUUAAUAGAAGAGUUAUCCACCACUUAUUCCCACCAAGGAACUGGUGCUGUUCAGGUGUGGCUGUUAUUUAUUUUUAUGCCAACAUCACGAUGGAUCUAUUUAAUCACAGUAUUUCUUGUUUUAUUACUGACAUUGAAAGAGAGAGAAAAAGAAAAAGCGAAAGGAUGUAAAUUCGAAAUGGAUAUGUUAUAUAUGAUGAAAUGAGGCGAGAUUCAUGAUUGCUUCCUCAGCAAACCAGGAAACAAGCUGCGACCACCAAACAUUGACAAAUGAAUAAAACGGCAAAUGGCAAACUAGGAAAAUAAACCUUUAACCAUGGAAUAGAGUAUUUUAUAUCAUCGAUGGGAACAUAUAAUAAAACCCCCGACUCUGACGAUUUUUAGUUAGUUUUAAAAGCCUCGCGUCUUUAUCCGUUCGCGUUUCUGUUUACAUAUUACGUGACAAUAUAUAUAUAUACACACAAAUAUACACUUCUUGCACAUGUUUAUUUAUAUAUAGUUUCGUGUCCUGUGUUGGAAGUAGCGUAGGCUCUUUAUGCUAUCCAAACACACUAAGUAAUGUGGAUGUGAUUAAAUAAGAUCAAAAUAAAGAUCCUUAUUGAAUUAGUUCUUAGAAUCAAACAACCCAAACCUAUAUAACGGGGGGUCCAAAAUACUGUUGUGUUGUUUUCUUUUUCUGGAAGAGGAAGCAACCGAGCAGAAAGUUGAAAAAACAAAAAGGAAAAAUGGAAUUUCUGCAAAAUUUAGCAAGUUCAUUAAAAAAUGCUCGUACUGUUGAAUUGCCUUACGAUGACAGAUCUGCAUUUUAUAUGCUUAUGACCAUGGUGGUGGCUAACCAACACAAAUCUGUGUUGGACUUACUGCAAAAUUCUCUCUUUGAUGUGAAUUAUGCAUGUGGACGUGCACAACGGAACCUUCUGCAUAUUGCUGCCAACUGUGGAAGCUAUGAAUGCCUAAGUCUACUGCUUAAAAAAGGUGCAACAGUCAACGCUAGGGAUGUCUCAGGAUGUACUCCUUUACAUCUUGCUGCACGUAAUGGCAAAAGGAAAUGUCUUAACAAACUGCUAGAACAUGAUGCUGACAUCAACAUUAGAAAUAACGAAGGGCUUACAACGAUCCAUUGGUUGGCUGUUAAUGGCCGGACUGAGUUAUUACAUGAUCUCCUCUUGUAUGUUAAUGAUGUUGACAUAGAGGAUAGCCAAGGUCAAACAGCAAUUCAUGUGGCAUGUCAGAAUGGACACAACUCGAUAGUGGUGUGUUUAUUAGACAAUGGCUCAGAUAUAAACAGAUCUAAUCAUUUUGGUUCAACCCCAUUACAUUUUGCUUGCAGCCAUGGACAAAGAGAUACAGCUUUCAUCUUACUGAAUCGAGGAGCUAAGUUUUUGCCUGAUAAAAAGGGUAGGACUCCCCUUGAUGUCACGGUUGAGGGAGGUUAUGGUGAAACAUGUGCCCUGCUGCUUUCUUCUCUGCCACGCCUCUUUGAUUCUUUGAUUCAAAUGACACAGAAAGAAAACAUAAAGGAAAAAAUGCUCUACCGUGUCUUGUCUCACCUGUGUCAGCAUCAGAGUAAAGAAACAGCUGAUAGAAUAUUGUUAGGACUUGCUGAACAAGCUUUUAGUAUUGGACAGAAGUUAUUCAGUGUUUCGAGUUCUCUAGAAUCUGAAGUACAAUGCUUAUUAAGAUGUAUCAAUUUUCUGUGUAAACUUUAUCAACAAGUUUACACGACAAAGACCAAAACCAAAUCUCAUAAUUUAGUCCCUUUGAAUGGUACGUCAGCUGCUAACCUCAAAGCCAAUAAAAUCUUCAUGCCAUUAGAAGUCUUAUGGAAGUUACUUGGAGACUGGCUUAACCUUCUGGAAGAAGAAUUCAAUAACAUUAGCACCAAACAGGCUGGUGAAGGACCACAAACGCAGGGGGAGGGGACAAAAAUCAAACCUGCAGAUGUGGGUGAAUCUGUUGAGGUGUCUAAAGAUCAGGAUAAUAAAGAAGCAUCUGAAGACAAUAUAGAUGAAGAUUCUUGUACCGAGAAUACGGAAGAAGGAGAAACAUCCUUGACUGAAGAACCAAAACAGAGCGAAGCAGUAGUUCCAGAAGAAGGAUCUGAAAGUAAAGAUGUGACAGAAAACGACUCCAGUGCAACAACACUUAACAUUAAGGCUCUGCCUGUUAGAAAUGAAGAUAUUAUCACUGCCACGGUGCCCCGAAUAUGUGCUGUUAUACAGGCUUUUUAUCAGUGUUGUACAUGUUUGACACCAAAACCGCUGACACCACCAACGUUCAUAGAUUUUGUUAGCCGUCAUAAUAAAGUAUUGAAGUCUCUUGUUGCCAGGAACCCCAAAGUUAUUUUUGAUCAUUUUCAUUUUUUACUUGAAUGCCCUGAAUUGAUGUCUCAGUUCCUUCAUAUCAUUAAGGCACAGCCUUUUGAAGCUCGACAGGAGUGGUUCUAUGAAAACCUCCACCCUGAAGAUUACAACAAUGAUAUGUUUGAUUCUCCAACUUCACAGGAGUCAUUAGUUAUUGAUCGACAACGUGUCUUUGACAGUAGUUGUGAGAUGUUGCACAAAAUAAAUUCUGGCAAAUUAAAGAAAAACAUUUCUGUGAAAUUUGAAGGAGAAAAAGGAAUGGGUUUGGGAGUCGUUAGAGAAUGGUUUGAUGUUUUAUCUAAAGAAAUUCUCAACCCAGAUUAUGCAUUAUUUACACAAUCUACGGAUGGUUGUACAUUCCAACCAAACAGCAAUUCCUCUAUAAAUCCUGAUCAUCUGAAUUAUUUCCGUUUUGCUGGUCAUAUCCUUGGUUUGGCUCUCUAUCAUCGACAACUGCUAAAUAUUUACUUCACUCGGUCAUUCUAUAAACAUAUUUUAGGAAUUCCUGUAAAUUACAAAGAUGUUUCCUCUAUUGAUCCGGAAUAUGCAAAGAAUCUCCAGUGGUUACUUGAUCACGAAAUCAACAACUUGGGAUUGAACCUAACAUUCUCCGUACAAACUGAUGUCUUUGGUAUGUUACAAGAAAUUGAAUUGAAGCCUGGUGGCAGUAAACUGACCGUCAACGACAGCAAUAAGCACGAAUAUGUCCAAUUGGUCACUGAACUGAGAAUGACAAAAGCAAUCCAACCCCAAAUUAAUAGUUUCCUACAGGGCUUUCAUGAAUACAUUCCACAGUCACUGGUACAGAUGUUUAAUGAAUAUGAAUUGGAGCUGAUGUUAUCUGGUCUUCCAACUAUUGAUCUACUGGACUGGAAAGAGAAUACAGUCUAUAGUACUUAUAAUAAGGAUUCUCAAGUGAUUAAAUGGUUCUGGGACGUCCUUGAUGAAAUCUCUGUACCAGAACGCAUCAUGCUGCUACAAUUUGUAACUGGCAGUUCUCGAGUGCCAUAUGGAGGGUUUGCUAAUCUAAAUGGCGUUGGAACCACUCAAAAGUUUUCUGUCAACCACAUGGCUUAUAGUCCUGGAUGUUUACCAACUGCCAGCACCUGUAUCAAUUUAAUGCGUCUACCUGAUUAUCCCACCAUGGAAGAGCUAAGAGAUAGACUCCUUGUUGCUAUUCACUGUGGUAGUCAAGGAUACGGAGUUGCUUAGAUGUCAAAACAUUUAAAGAGUGAAUUUUUUUUUCAUUGAGAUCCAUUCUUUAUUCAUUAUUUCAAGAAAUUUAUCUUACAGUUUUUAUCGCUACUCUAGCUCUAAUUACAGCUAAUUAAAAAUGGUACACGUGAAAUAUGGUAGCCCUGUUUACAGCUAAUUAAAAUAUAGCUCAAAGCAAUUUAAAACCGGUGCAAUUUUUAAUCAUUCUUUCAAAAAAAUAAUGGAUCCACCUAAAUUUUUUUUUUUUAAUUAUUAUUUAAAGGUGAAAUGUGUUUGGGUCAGAAACCUUUCUUAGACUUUUUUAAAUUUUAUUUAACAGAUAAUUCUACUGCUUAUAGCUAGCUAUAAUAUAAUAUGCAGUAUAAUAAUGCUGACAUAAACUUAUAUAUUUAUAGUGAAGAGUAAAACAGGAAUAGUCAGCGUUCAACAAUAAAUUAUGAUUUUAAUCCAUUCCCCUAAAAAACAAAAAAUGAAAAAGAAGCAAGUGUCCUUGGAUAUUUGUACAUCAACAGAUGAAACUGUCAACCCACACUCCGCAAUCUAUUUAAAAAAAUAUUGAAAACAUUUAUAUAAAAUAAAUUAUUCUAUUUAAAACUCGAAAUAAACGAACCAUUUAUAAAAUA